AUGGAGAAGGCAAAUAAUAGGAGCCGUGCAAGCUAUCGAACGGUAGGGGUGUCAGUGUCCUCGCUUUUGACCUUCUUUGCACAUUUGUUGUUCAUAGCAAUCACAACCUUACUCUUGGUUUGGCUGCUACACUUCAGAGAGGGACUUUCUUUCACUUCAACCAAUAAGAUGAAGCUUUUCAAUCUUCAUCCAUUCUUUAUGGUCAUUGGAUUUGUCCUAGUUUCCGGAGAAGCUAUAAUGACAUUUACCACUAUCCCAGCAAGGAGGAGGACAAGAAAAUACUUUCACAUGUUUCUACAUUUGAUUGGUCUUGGUUCUAGCAUUGUUGGCCUAUUUGCUAUAUUCAAAUUUCAGCAUGAUACUGCAAAAGUUGACCUUCUUACCUUGCAUUCCUGGAUUGGCAUUUCCACAGUUAGCUUCUAUGCCUUGCUGUACUUUGUUUCAUUCUUGGUAUUUUUCUUCCCUGGGGCACAAAAUUGGAGAAGGGCAAGGUUGGCUUCAUGGCAUGUUCUCUAUGGAAUUACAAUUUUUUUCAUGGCAAUAGUUAGCACAGAGACUGGUUUGAUUGAGAAAUUCAUGGCUUUAGGACUUCAAAAGGGCCAAGAAGCACUCAUAAUCAAUUUCACUGGCUUAUUAGUUCUUCUAUUUGGGAUCUCUAUUGGCCUGGUUGUUCUUCUCCCAGUUUCAUAUUACUAG